AUGUCACAGGAGUUGACUGAAACAAGCAUGUCACAGGAGUUGACUGAAACAAGCAUGUCACAGGAGUUGACUGAAACAAGCAUGUCACAGGAGUUGACUGAAACAAGCAUCAUGUCACAGGAGUUGACUGAAACAAGCAUGUCACAGGAGUUGACUGAAACAAGCAUGUCACAGGAGUUGACUGAAACAAGCAUGUCACAGGAGUUGACUGAAACAAGCAUGUCACAGGAGUUGACUGAAACAAGUAUGUCACAGGAGUUGACUGAAACAAGCAUGUCACAGGAGUUGACUGAAACAAGUAUGUCACAGGAGUUGACUGAAACAAGUAUGUCACAGGAGUUGACUGAAACAAGCAUGUCACAGGAGUUGACUGAAACAAGUAUGUCACAGGAGUUGACUGAAACAAGCAUGUCACAGGAGUUGACUGAAACAAGCAUGUCACAGGAGUUGACUGUGGGCAUCCUUUAA